AUUUUCUUCUAGCCCUGCAGUUGGUUUGAUUUUGUGGUCCCAGUGGCACAUGUUCAGCAGGCUUUCAUAGACACUAUGAAGCAAAACCAGGCAGAUGAAACAGCGCUUGCAGUGGCAACUCAAUUUUGUAUCAUUCAAGAGUCCAGAAGAUAUUUCUGGUAGCCUAAGGAAACUUGAUCAGUUGAUAGAGAAAGGCACUGGGCCGCAGAGUUUCCAGCUUGCUCAUGGACAGUACUUUAAACCUGUUCUCCAAAACAAACAGAAGCAAUAUAUGCCAAUCGUGUGCUUCUGCUUCUUCAACCCUGAAGCAUCAUGGACCAGGCUCAAUAACCUAUUGGUGUCUGCCAGAAUGUUUUCCGAUAGCGUGAUAUUUUCGUGCCAAGCAGGAUUGCAGAAUGCAGUUCAGGCAAUCCAAUCCAUCUUCUCAGUCAUCUUGCAAGAAUCAAGGAAGUAUCAGGGAAUAGAACCAUAGUUCUUGUGAAAUAGAGUUUAGAGUCAUCUGUACAUCCUAGCAUUUUGUUUUCAAUCAGAAACCAUUAACGCGGUAGUGAUCUUGUACGUGCACUGGUUACAUUUACUUUUAGACGGAAUUUCUCUGUAUUUAGCAUUCUCAAAUUCUGUUGAUACUUGUAACAUUUUCUUUGUACACAUGGUAUUCCCUUGAUAGGGCUCCAAGUUCUUUUUGUGAAUAUAGGCCUAUGCUUUCUUCUUCA